AUGUCCGUAGGUGUAAAAAGUUACGUACUAUUAGUUUUGGGUUGGGUGGCAAGUGGCGCAUUCGGUAAUGAUGCACAGGAGACUGGCAUACCUGCUGAUAUAUGGCGUUUCUACCUUGCUUGUGCGCGUCCCGAAGGACAAGAUUCUAGCUUUAGUUGGAAUGACUUAGCGGCGCGUAAUAAUUCCGACUUGCUAAACAAUCUGGGCAAUUUUGUAAAUCGUGCGUUAGUCUUUUGCGAAAAGAACUUUGAUGGCGUCAUACAAGCCAUGACCCUAACCAAGGACGAACUCGUACUUUUGGCACUUAUAAAUCGUGAAGUCCGUGGCUAUGUAAACUCACUUGAAAAGGCCAAAUUACGUGAUGGCAUUCGACAUAUGCUUUCAAUUUCUCGCCAAGGCAAUGGUUAUAUGCAAGCGCAACAGCCGUGGGUGUUACUGAAGGGUACCGAUGAGCAGAAGGAGCGUGCUGCCACCAUCAUUGGUGUUUGCGCCAAUAUUGCUGCAAUUUUAGCUAAUCUGCUAUUCCCUUACAUGCCGGCGACAGCGCGCACGCUUCUUACGCAAUUAAAUGCCAAGCAAACUCAGCUGAUAAGCCCGCAUACGGAAAAAAGCUACUGA